CACCGCUUAAGGUAGAGGUCAGUGACAAGCCAUCUGGAACCAAGCGAACCAAUGUGUCGCGCUGGCAGCAUCAAUGACUUCCUCCCUCGAGCACAUUGACACAUGCGUCCCGGUAACCGCGCUGAAGGCGCUGGUCUUGAAAGAUGUUAAACUCCUUCUCCAGAGUCAAGGGACCCAUGUCCGGCUCCUUCAUGAAGAAAGCGGGCGUCUGCUCGCCGAACUGAAAGUGUUCAAACGAAACCAUGUGCACGGGAUCGUUGCGCUGGGCCACUCAGAACAAGAACCACAGGCGGACUUUGUUGCGUGGGGAGGGCAGUCCGUCCGAGCGUUCAGUCUACACAUUGACAGUCAGCAGCUGAGCGCAAGUGUACAAGCUGCGAGCCCAGAGUAUCUCGCGCCGGAUUGGAUCCUGGCUGGAUGUGCGCCUGAGACGGAUGGCGAAGUUGUAAAUGCUUAUAUGCUGACGGCUCACAAUGCGCUCUUGGGCGUGCAGCUUGUCAGGCAGGCCGGGGCUGACUAUGAGAAACGGAUUGAAAUCCGCCAACUUGUGGCUGGUGUGAAGUCCAUCCUUUAUUCGGCGAAUGUGCUUUCGCUGUCCGAAGCCCACAUCCUUGUUGCGGCUGGCACGGUUUUUGGCGAGAUUAUAGUCUGGUCGUGCUACUUGGCUGAGGACGAUUCGACCAGCGCAACCGGGUCGAUACAUCACUUUUUUACAGGCCAUGAGGGAUCGAUCUUUGGAGUCCAGAUUUCUCCUCUGAUUCCUUCUCUGCACGGGGGUCGUGAUGGACGACUCCUGGCUAGUUGCAGUGACGACAGAACUGUCAGGAUCUGGGACAUCUCCGAUUGCGAGCGUACUUCCCGUCACGACACUCCCGCCUAUUCGACCGAUGGGUUCGAGCUUCGCGGCACAGGAUUCGGCGCAGGAGCUGGUGACAAUGGGCUCGGGUCUGAGUCCAUUCUUGCGAGUGCGUUUGGCCACUUGGCCCGUAUCUGGGGGGUUCAUUUCCUGCCUGUCAAGCAAGGCCUUGGGAAAGUCAAUCUGCUUUCGCGUGGCGAAGAUGCUACGUGCUUGCUCUGGGACCUGACCUGGGACCCGUCUUCGACAGAAAAGCCUCAGUUUCAACUGGUGGAGACCAUGUCUGUGCGCAAACAUACGGGCAAGCACAUCUGGGCACUUGAGAUGCGUCAUACCGACACAGAAACGGUUGUUUAUACUGGUGGUGCUGAUGGCGCCGUGAAGAGCUUUACCAUCGAACUGCAUGGCGAUGGAGAUGUCAUUCUGCCCAAUCUCCGUAACCGCAUCGCAACCUCGGUAGAUGCUUCCAGUCCUGAACCUCGUAUUGAAACCUCGAUUAAAGGUUUUGGAUUCGUCUCGCAGGACUCGUUUGUCGCCACGACCGUGCGAGGUGAGGUUCAGAUCGGACGGAUAGGGACGGGGAGCUCGACUACACAGCACAUCCUCAAAGAGACUCUAACAGUUGAGGAAGACUUGCGCUCGUAUUCAGUCAUCACGGGCUUGCCACAGAAAGGCAUAGCUCUCCUGGGUAACGCCCGAGGCUUGAUACGACUAUAUGACCACAGUACCGGAUCACUCACCAAAGUGGUCGAUGCUGGCCAAAGGCCGGUGGGAUUGUACGCUCUCGAGUACCAAUCUAGCACGACCGAGAAAGCGGCAACUUUGUCGUUCGUUGCAGUCUAUCCGAAAGCCGAGAAGGCUGAUUUGUUCUUGGCUACGAUGGCAGACGGCGCAGAUCCAUGCGUGGAUAGAGUCAAGCUUGACCUGCCCCACGGUUUCGGUGUGUCGACUGCAGCCUUAAUUCAUGAUGACCAGUACCUCGCGCUGGGAUCCCUGACGGGCUCAUUUGCUGUUUAUCCCGUGGCAGUGUCAGAAAUCCUUAAGCCAGUCAUGCCUUCGUGCAAGGUACACGGACGCGAAGGACUCAGCUUCAUCACUUCAUUUGCAUCGCUCUACGGGGACAGAGGAUCCGACCUGCCAUAUUUCAUGACUUGUGGUCGGAAUGGAACAUAUAGCAUUCAUGAACUGGCCUUUUCCACAGGUCCGGACCCCUCGGUCUCCUUGAGAACGCUCCACUGUUCCUCUCUUGCGUUCAAUUGUGAGAUAGCAGGCGCUUAUAUCGACAACGUCUCCAAAGACUUGAUGUUCUAUGGGUUCCAGCCGAUGGACUUUGUGCUUUGGAACGAGUCCGCUCAGACAGAGGUCGCCAGACACAACUGUAACGGAGGCCGGCGAUCCUGGGCGUUUCAGCCCAGCCAAGAUGUUGCUUGGGCGGGAUCGUUCAUCUGGAUUCAGUCCGGGUUGACUGCCCUGUCGAUACAGCCAGACGCCAGUCGCACGUUGCGUUCCGGAAGCCAUGGUCGGGAAGUCAAGGACAUGUGUGCCACUCAGAACUCGGAUGGUCUAGGCCCCUUGUUUGCGACUGGCUCAGAAGACACCAACGUGCGGAUAUUCACACCUCAAGACCCGCAGGUAGAGCCCCGCUGGGGUGCAUUCAAAUGCCUCCGGCUGUUGCGGAUGCAUCAUACCGGAAUUCAAAGCGUGGACUGGUCCAAGGAUGGCAAAUUCCUCUUUACCAGCGGAGGCUAUGAGCAAUUUUUCGUCUGGCGGGCGUGCUCGAUCCCCCAAUUUGGUCUGGGAACCAUGCUGGCGGGAGAGUGUCCUAAGAGUGACCCCAACUCCGAUCUGCGGGUGACGAGCUUCGACACGUUGGAAGUGGACGAGAGAGAGGCGGAGAAUGGAUUCCUUCUUUGCCUGACAUACUCCAACUCCACCAUCAAGAUCUUCCAUUACUCGUCCGCCGACAAGGGCUGCUUCACCCUUCUCGCCAGUGGUACCUAUAUGAGCAACUGUCUCACCCAGGCUCGAUUCCUCCUGAACGGCUCUACCUUGAAUCUGAUCACGGCCGCGACGGACGGAUACUUCACCCUGUGGAACUUGACUUCCGUCCUCGAGCGAUUCUACACCAUCUCGUCGCCACUGAUCCCCAAGCAACCCAUCCGCGGAGCAUCGAUCGCGCCGGAGACGAUCUCCUGCGAGAACCGGUACCAGAUCCACUGGAACAGCAUCAAGGCGAUGGAUCUGGCCGACCUAUCGGUCACCUCGGCGCUGAUCGUCGCCGGUGGCGACGACAACGCCGUGACCGCGACUCUGCUGGACACCACCGCCGGCGCCAGCGACGCGACAUACACGGUGACCAUCCCCGACGCGCACGCAGCAUGCGUCACGACGGUCCGCAUCCUCAAGCACAUCCACGAUCAGGGAGUAAAGAGGUUCGUCGUUGCCUCCUCGGGCAACGAUCACCAAGUCAAGAUCUGGUGGAUCGACGUCGACCCCAGCCGGCACGGACGGGAGAGGCUCCAGAUCCGCCAAGCGGUGGAGCGGUACAGCUGCGUUGCGGACAUCUCGUCGUUGGAUAUCAUCCACGACGCGGCAUCGGGUGCGGGGAAGCUGGUUGUGUGUGGGGCGGGCAUGGAGAUGUUGGAUUUUCGGUGAUAGAAUUCCCUGCUAGCUCUUCACGGCAUUGCACAUAUACCUUGCGAUAGAUAGAAACCUAGACGCAUAGCAAAUUGUUUUCAACCCG